AUGGCCUCAAGACCUCAACCUCGAAACGGAUAUUCAAGUCAUUUGGCAUCCUCAUCUUCCUCUUCACACCCAUCAGGCCCUUCAUCUUCCAUUACUUCCACUUCUUCAAUUAAUCGUUCUCAACGUUGUGGUGUUUGUAGAGGAUGUCAGUGCAAACCUUGUGGGCAAUGUACUUAUUGUCAGGAUAGCCCUCAAUUUGGUGGCCCUGGAGUAAAGAAACAAUCGUGUGUUGAAAGAAGGUGUUUGCGUGUGUUGGAGAAUAGACUACAGAGAGACGCCCCAACCUUCAAAGCAAGAAUUGGCUGUAAUGCUUGUGAAGAUUGUCGAGGCCCCGAUUGUAGAAUAUGCCUUGUUUGCUUGGAUAGACGCUUUUUUAAUUCAAAAUAUAUGGCUGGGGCUCUAUGCGCGAAGAAGAGAUGUAAUAAUGCCACUGCCCUGGAAUUGCCUAUUUCUAUUGAGCAUCAACAAAGAACUGUGAGAGUUUUACCUCCUUAAAACGCUCUUCUGAUGGCUCCAACAACGGCAACUU